UUACCGUUUUGGAAAACUGUUGUCUGCUACUGUUUUUGGUCGAAGACGUUAAUCGGAGUAAAUAGCAAAUGUUAUAGAUAUAAAGGCGAACAAUAUUAUGGCGAGCUACGGUCUCAAAAAGAAGGAGCCGAGUGCGGAAAACUACACGUGCCAAAAAUGCUUGGAGAAGGGCCACUGGACAUACGAAUGCACGGGCAAACGGAAAUACCUGUACAGGGAGUCACGGACCAAGGAAAUGUACAAACGCAUGAAGAAAGAUGAAGAGAAGGAAAAACUCGCAGUUUUAGCUAAAUCGCGAGCUAUUCUCGAGAAGGUCAGGAAGGACAAGAAGAAGAAAAGAAAGAAGAAAAAGGCUCAAAGUGAAAUACCGUCAAGUAGCAGCUCAGAAGAGUCCGACGACAAUUCUGACAGCUCGUCUUCAUCCUCGUCUUCAUCAUCCACAUCUGGAUCUUCGUCUUCGUCGUCAUCUUCAAGUGAUACUAGUGAUUCGUCAUCAACUGAGAGCUCAGACUCUGAGAAUGAUAAGAAAAAACGACGCAAGUCGCAAAAGAAAACAAAGAAGAAAAAAAGAAGGCGAUCGUAAAUUAUGUUUGGAUCAGAUAAUAUUCAGUAAUUAUUUUGUCUUGUAGAGAAAGCAGGAAUAAUAUUUGAGUCAAUUAUUUUGAGGAGACAUGAAUAUGAUCAUUAGCAUGAUUCCCAGGCAAUUAAUUCAUCUUGAAGCCAUUGGUUCUAGCCUAGAGUAUCAACUAUUAUGUAUGAUCUAUUCAGUAUUAACCAAUUUUGAACUAAUAUCCCACCCUGUUUUGGUCAACAAGACAAAGCAUUCAGAUAUUAUGUAAAUGUGACAAUGAUUACCUUGUUUUCUUUAAUUUCCUGUAAUUGAGCUCAUUUUAAUAUUUACGAACCAAAACAAAGAGGAAUACAAGACAAUAAAUUCAAUCCAAAGUGGAGGGAUGCGAUUUUAUCUUGCAAAAAGGUAUUUUACACUGUUGUUACACGCAGAAGAAUUUAUAUCAUUUGAGAAGGCUGUACAUAGUUAUCAUCUUAUUAUGACCUUUUGUAUCGUUCGAUAUGCCAAAGGACGUGGCUUGUAUCUGUUAGCAUUUUAUAUAUAUUUCAUAAUUACAAUAAACAAUUCACCACCAGCUAUAACAACGUCUUUCCGCGACUGAGAGAUGCAAUCAUGUUUAUUAUGUUUUAAAGAGAAUGUUAAAUCUCCUUACCGUUACACGCUGCCAUAAUCAGUUUCAUGUCGAGGAGUGAAAGCGAAAAGGAUCUAUCUUCUUCUUUAUUUAAUGUCACUUAGAACCUUUUCGCAUUCACCCCUCAAUGUUUAACAUGUUAACAUUUAAUUGAAAUAAAGACUAUAGACACUUUU